UUCUUUCCACCAUGCCUUAUAUCUUUCCACCAUGGCUGUAACAAACCAGCACUGCAUCAUCAUACACACCCUGCGCUAACUGUAAACAAAGAGAUUGUAUUAAACUUUGUAGCCUGUAUAUAAUUUUCCGUUAUAUGCGGUCACGGUCGAGCGGAUACGGUGCGACGUCGCGAGGUUUUUGGAGUUUUUAAUCCCUUUGGAGGACGGCCGGGAUCUUGGCACAAAAAUUAUUUAACCUCACGGACAUGGAUGACGACGAGCAUUAUCAAAGCGGUUAUGACGACCACUAUCAAAGUGGUUCCUUCCCGAAGGACUUUGGGUACGCGCCGUUCGAUGGCGAAACGGAAGGAUCUAUGGAUCCAUUGGCCGGGGAGCAAAAGCCCAGAAUACUUUUGAUGGGUCUCAGACGUAGCGGCAAAUCGUCGAUACAAAAGGUGGUGUUUCACAAGAUGUCACCCAACGAGACGCUGUUCUUGGAAAGUACAAACAAAAUCAUUAAAGACGACAUAAGCAACUCGAGCUUCGUGCAAUUUCAAAUAUGGGACUUUCCCGGGCAAAUCGACUUCUUCGAUCCCACUUUUGACAGCGACAUGAUAUUCGGCGGCUGUGGCGCGCUGGUGUUCGUGAUAGACGCCCAGGAUGAUUACAUGGAGGCGCUUAACAAACUCCACGCGACGGUCACCAAGGCGAACAAGGUCAAUCAGGCCAUCAAAUUUGAGGUUUUCAUCCACAAGGUGGACGGAUUGUCGGACGACUGUAAAAUGGAGACGCAAAGGGAUAUACAUACGAGAGCCAAUGACGAUUUAGUGGACGCCGGAUGCGAUCAAAUACACCUGAGCUUUCACUUGACCUCGAUAUACGAUCACAGUAUAUUUGAAGCGUUUAGCAAAGUUGUUCAAAAGUUAAUACCACAGCUGCCUACUUUAGAAAAUUUACUCAAUAUACUCAUAUCGAAUUCAGCAAUCGAGAAGGCAUUCCUAUUUGACGUUGUCUCAAAGAUAUAUAUAGCGACGGACAGCUCACCUGUUGAUAUGCAAAGUUAUGAACUGUGUUGUGAUAUGAUCGACGUUGUUAUUGAUGUUUCUUGCAUAUACGGAUUGAGAGAGGACUUGGAGGCCGCCGCGUUCGACAACCAAAGUUCCAGUUUAAUUAAAUUAAACAACGGUACAAUCCUGUACUUGCGCGAAGUAAACAAAUUUUUAGCGCUGGUCUGCAUCCUGCGAGAAGACAAUUUCGAUAGACAAGGCGUGAUCGACUACAACUUCCUCUGUUUCCGCAAGGCGAUACAGCAAGUGUUCGAGUUACGAAACAAAGCGUUAGCCGCGACAAAUGCGAACAAUCACUCGUCCUCUCCCGUUAGCACUAACGAAACGUCGAACGCUCCCGCGGUGUCGCAGACCGGACCCAUCGGACAAAACGGCACCGUUGUAAUCGCACAGAGUUAAUCUUUACGUGCAAUCUAUAUACAGAAUUUAUCGAGCGAAUGUAACAUAACGGAUCUUGAUAUUAACUUUAUUAUUGCUCAUUUCUCUUUCUUGCAAAUAUGCGCGUUACAAGCAUCUCUUUUCCUCUAUUUAAUAUUAAUUCUACUUUUUAUAAUAUAUUAUUAAAUAUGAAAUAUAUAUAUAUCUUUCGUACCAAGAAAUGGCUCACGCAGCUGUGUAUAAGUUGUCAUAAACAUGUUACCAAACGUAUGUUAUGAUUUCGUGUUUUUAAACUGUAACCCCAAAAUUAUUAUAGCGGAACUUUUACAAUUGAUAUUUGUUACAUAGAGUAUUGGAGUGCAUCUAUGUCUUAUCGGUUAUUGCUUUCCUUAUGUAUCUUAAUGAAAUAUAUGGCAGUAUACA